CUCUCUCUCUCUCUCUCUCUCUCUCUCCAUGUUGGAGGUAGCAAGACAGUGUCUCCUAUUUCUCUGUCUCAAUGAAGCAAGUAUCAUGUCUAUAACGCCUAUCAUCUUUCUAUAACCUACUUGUUGCACACACCUCUGCAACUGCAAGAACAAAAGAGAGAGAUAGAAGAUGCAUGGUUUGGUUAUAGAUUGAACAGCCUUCUCACAUAUGUGACCACCAUUCUCGCUCUAAUGUGCGCCGUUGCCUUCUUCUCUGACAAGUUCAGCCUUCCCUCUCCUAACGCCCAACUUCAGGUGGUCAAGAUAAAUCGGUUCAGAAGGGGCCCGAGUGGGAAGGAUGAGGUUAGGUCAAGCACAGAGAGGGACACGUAAGUCAAGCACAGGGAGAGACGGAGAGAUGAAUAGAAAGAGAUGCAGAUCAAGCAGACAGAGAGAUAGGAGAGGCCAUCAUAUUCAUUUGCAGAAUCCUUCACCACAAAGUACCCAAUACAUUGAAUGUAUUUGUAAUAUACAUCCACAAACAAAAUUGUUGAGGAUCUCGCUGUGGUAUCAUAGAAUCCCUUCACGAGACCGUGCCAUAGGGCAAACUCAAACCAAAGUAAUGUACCCCUUGACGGAUCAGGGAGACCAUCUUCGUGGAAAAUACUUCAACUUGACCUCGCAUUGGCACGUUAUGCCCAAGGUUGGGAGAAUGAUUGCUGAUGAGAUUGUAAUGCCUGCCAUCUUCAGUCUACCCAAGGAUAUAGUUAAUGUUUAGGUUGGCCACUACUGUACUAUGCCUGGGUAUUGUUCUAGAGGAGAUCAUGGUGUGAUGAUUGACUGGCAAAUUUUCUUUAGUUUCUAUUACUGAAUCAUUUUAUGUUGGGUCAGGUUUUUAUAAGGUGCCCACCUUAUACCAUACAAGUUAGGUGCACCUCUAAAUUUUGCUGGAAGAUGUAGUUGUGGUGUCA